CUCUUUAACAUUGCUUUUUUGUUUUUGUAUAAACAAAUCAAAAUAUAAACGGAGUUUAAAAAAAUCUAAUUAUUUUUAUCUAAAUCGAACACUACAAACUUUAAACGAAUUUAAAAAAAAAACACGUGAUGGUGCUCUUUUGUUAUUGUAUAAAAAAAUCAAGUACAAACGGAGUAAAAGUAAAACGAACUUUUUUUAUCCAAAUCCAAUACUACAUAAUACUGCAAAAGUAUUUUAUUAAAAUCUAAUAAAAACGCGAUGGCAGGACGAAGCAAUAUGGUAAAAUUAACACCCAAUCCUAAAUGGUACCUGCUGAUUAUCCUUGUAUUUUGGAGCGUCUUUAUGAUUAUCAGUGAUUUAAGUAAACUACCUUCACAUCCUAGAAAAAAAAGACAAUGUACGCCGGUAGAAAACGUAAUUUUUCUCAAAACGCAUAAGACAGGCUCAACAACAGUUGCAAAUGUUAUGUACAGAUAUUCAAUGUCAAAUCGUUUAAAAGUAGCAUUGCCAAGAUGCGGCCAUAGAUUUUGUUUUCCGCUAAAAUUUAAACACAAUUUCCUUUACAAACAUAAUGAAAAUGAAACUUAUAACAUGCUAUUUCACCAUGCUGUUUAUGACAAACUAAAUAUGUUAAAAAUCUUUGAUAAAGGUCAAACAAAGCUAGUAACCAUUUUGAGGGAGCCCUACUCCCAAUUUGACUCAGCUGCACAAUAUCUAAAGUUUAGAAAAUACUAUAAAUUAAAUGGAACGUUACCAGUUCUGGACGAACUUUUUAAGCUUUCCAACGAAGAAUUAGAAAAGUAUAUAAGGUCUCAAAAGUUUGACGGGUUCGGAACAUAUUCUUUAACAAAAAACCCAAAUGCUUUUGACAUGGGAUUUGAUCCUUGGAACGAAACUGAUGAGUAUAUUAAUACAAUUUUAAAGACAAUUGAGAAUGAUUUUAACCUAGUCAUGAUUACAGAAUAUAUGGAAGAGUCAUUGGUUUUGUUAAAAAAUGAGUUAUGUUGGAGUAUAAAGGAUGUAGCAUUUUUUCAUCAUAAUGCAAGAUUGACCAAGGAUGUCAAUACAAACAAUUUAAAAAAAGCAAAAUCCAGAUUAAUGAAUUGGAAUAAAAUUGAUGUCGCAAUAUAUAAUUAUUUUAAUCAAACAUUUUGGCGUAGAAUAGAAAACAGUGACAGUAAUUUCAAACAAGAUGUAGAAAAACUCAAAAGGUUGAACAAUUUGUUGAAAAUCACUUGUUCGUCACGACAGAACAGUGAAACUAUAGCAACAAAAGCAAUACUAAAGUCAGACUUCAAUAUAGUACAAAAUAUAACAGAACUAUGUUUUAACUUACUAAUCGAAGAGCAAAGUUUUACGAACUUUUUAAAACAAGCAAAAGAUAAGAAACUAUAGAAAUACAAUAAUGUAUUGUUGUUUUUAUAAAAUAUUGUGAUUUUUUUA